AUGGAGGACGAGCACGAGGACGUGCCGCACCACACCCACAGUCACGACAGCGACGACCGGCAUGAGCCGCGGUGCGGUGGCGUGGUCACCAUGCCGCCGGGAUACGAGGACCACCCCGAGGCCGUCGACCUCGCGCGCUUCGCCGUCGACGAGCACAACAGGAAGACUAACGCGGCGGUGGAGUUCUAGAGGCUGCUGAAGGUGAGGCAUCAGAUGGUGGCCGGGAGCUUGCACUACUUCACCAUCGAGGCCAAGGAAGGGGAUGCCAGGAAGCUGUACAAGGCCAUCGUGUGGGAGAGCGCGUGGGAGAAGUAUAGGGGCCUCGAGGACUUCAAGCCCGUCGGGGACACCACACUCUACCAACGCCUCAGGUAA